AUGGGAUUACCUCGUUUAGAGACCUGUUGUUUUAUAUUUGAUUUAAAGACUGGCAACAUUAUAAUGGGAAGUUUGAGUGCGUUUGGUUCGUUCGCCAUGUUCGUAGCAAUGAUAGUGGAAGCUUGUACCCUGGAGCCGUAUAAAGAAAUGGCAGCUGAAGAAGAAGAUUACAACGCUGAGGCAGCAAUCACUGGAUUGUAUGCGAUGUCCAUAAUUUUAGUACUGAUGUUUUUAUUUAAACUUUGCACCGAUAUUGUUUUCAUUUAUGGAGUUAUUAUGGAAAAAGCGUCGAUUAUCCGAGCCUAUUUCGUGAUGUGGAUUGUCUUCUUUCUGCUGUCGAUGUUCACAUUCUUCCUGAAUGCCCCACAUUACAAUGCUGGCACUAUAUGUAUAGAAGUGUUUUACAUCAGUCUGAAUGUCUACGCUAUCCUCUUAUGCAACAGCUUCUACAAAGAACUAAACUGUCGGGAAGAAGUGUAA